CCGGCAACCCUAAAUCAACGGCCGCGAUGGCGACACGUUGACGGCAUUUGCGCUAACGGGGCGGUGCCUGUUAAAGGGAAGCUGUUAGGGUUCUUCGCGUGGAAGAUCAAAAUGCUGUAUUGCGGAGUGUGUAGCUUGCCACCGGAGUACUGCGAGUUUGGGCCGGAUUUCGAGAAAUGCAAGCCAUGGCUUGUGGAGAAUGCCUCGGAUUUGUACCCCGAGCUUGUGAAAGAGAAGAUUGCUCAGCAGCUGGGAGGAAUGACAGUAUCGGAUGUGGGGAAUAGCUCUAAAACGCAAGAGGAGGAGAUCAAGAGGUUGCCAGGAGGAAAGAUAAAAAAGAAGGAAAAGCUUGAAGUGUUGGUAGAGAGAGUUACCAGGAACAAGAGAAAGUGCUUGACAACGAUCAAAGGCCUCGACAUGUUUGGUGUCAAGCUUGCUGACGCUUCGAAGAAACUUGGAAAGAAGUUUGCAAGCGGUGCUUCGGUCGUGAAGGGUCCUACCGAGAAAGAGCAAAUCGAUGUGCAAGGAGACAUUCUACUAGAUAUCGUAGAGUUCAUCACAGAAACAUGGCAGAAUAUCCCUGAGUCAGCUAUUUACUUCAUUGAGGAUGGAAAGAAGGUUCCUGCGUGCUGAAGUUUCUGUUUGAUUCUUUGCAUGAGGUUAAUGCUCCAAGUGUUAAUGCUCCAAGUUCAACAUCUAGGACAUUUGAAACUUUUUGUUUUAGCGACAUAUAUUUUUUAAAUAUGGCCUCUAAUAUAUAGUGAGAACAGCGCAUGGCCAACCAGGAAAAA